AGGGGAACGAGAGCCCGAGAAGUAGCACUUGUGUGUUUUGCUUUCGCUCGGCAAAAAAAAUGACCGCCGGAGAUACGGCGGCGUUGCUUUUGUAAUUCGGGUCAACGGAUACGCGCGCAACAGAUUCGCCGAUGAAGGAAGUAACGUAGAGGGUCCUCUCCACGCGGUAGACCUCACCGUGCAUUCACCCCCAGGUGACGUUACGUUGGCCCAGCCUCAGGCGAUAUCCCGGCAAGAUGCCGUCCCCACAAGUCCUCCAGCCAGUUCUGAAGAUGAAAGUGGACGAGCUGUUUCUCAACUGGUUGAGUGACAGCGCAACCCAAUCGCUGCUCAAAGAUUAUCUUGACAUCAUCAAAAGCGGACAGCACAUUGACCUGAGCGGCAGGGACGCCCAGGACAAAAGGUUGUCGACCUUCAACGAGAACAACAAUGUGGCAUCCCAGAAGAACCUUGCGGAGAAGAAGCCCCUUCCCCUCCGUACUCCAUCUAGCCCCCCAUCUGCCAACACACUACCCUCGGGCAGUAGCAGCAAUACCAGAGUGACCGGAUCCAAUGGCAGGGUGCUACGGAGGUCUGUCAGCACAAAAAAGGCCCAGGUGAGGACGCCGGAGCCCAUCACCACAGCGCUGAGCGAAAGCAUUCCAAAGUUUUACUUCCCACAGGGCCGGCCCCAAGCCAACAUCAACAUCGACGGCCUCAUUUCCAAAGUUGAGAAAACAUUUUCCCAAUUCCCAAAUGAAAGGGCCACCAUUGAGGACAUGGGGCAGGUCGCCAAGGCCUGCGAGUGUCCCAUCUACUGGAAAAUGCCAUUGUUCUGCUCGGCUGGAGGCGACAGGACCGGCUUCGUGUCCGUUCACAAGUUCGUGGCUAUGUGGAGAAAAACUCUGCAGACCUGUCACGACGACGUUUCUAAAUUCGUGCACCUCUUGGCCAAGCCUGGCUGUAAUUACUUGGAACAAGACGACCUUAUUCCAUUCCUGCAGGAUGUGGUGAACUCGCACGCAGGCCUGGCAUUCCUCAAGGAGGCGCCGGACUUUCACUCGCGAUACAUCACCACGGUGAUUCAGAGGAUAUUCUACAAUGUGAACCGCUCGUGGACGGGAAAGAUAACGUGCUCUGAGCUCAGGAAAAGUAAUUUUCUUCAGAAUUUGGCUUUGCUGGAGCAGGAAGAAGAUGUGAACCAGCUGACCGAGUUCUUCUCCUACGAACAUUUCUAUGUCAUCUACUGCAAGUUCUGGGAGCUGGACACCGACCACGACCUCUACAUAGACCAGAAGGACCUGGAACAGCACAAUGACCAAGCCCUCUCCAAUAAGAUGAUUGAGAGACUAUUCUCAGGAACAGUAACGAGAGACAGAAAGGUGCACAAGGAGGGGCGGCUUAGUUAUGCCGACUUCGUCUGGUUCCUCAUCUCUGAGGAGGACAAGAAGACCGACACCAGUAUAGAGUACUGGUUCCGCUGCAUGGACCUGGACGGGGACGGGGUGCUCAGCAUGUACGAGCUGGAGUACUUCUACGAGGACCAGUGCCAAAGGCUGGAGACCAUGGCCAUCGAGCCCCUUCCCUUUGAGGACUGCCUCUGCCAAAUGCUUGACCUCGUCAAGCCCGAGGUCGAAGGUAAGAUCACCCUGCGGGACCUCAAAAGAUGCAAGAUGUCCCACAUCUUCUUCGACACUUUCUUUAACAUCGAGAAGUACCUGGACCACGAGCAGAAGGACCCGUUCUCUAUCAUACGGGAGAUGGAGACCGACGGCCAGGGGGUCUCAGACUGGGAGAAAUAUGCUGCCGAGGAGUACGACAUCCUCGUGGCCGAGGAGGCCGCCAACGAUCAGUGCAACGACGCGAACAGCCCAGUUGUAGUUGAUCAGAGUCGACUGUGCAGCCCGACAGUGAAGGUUGAGCACAGAGUUCACGCGUCCCGGCCGGCAGCAGAGCCCCAAGGAGAGCGAGUCAGUGAUAGAUGAGGCCGAUGGCGGUAUGUUGUGUGCCGGUUUUUAGGAACACCACCGACUCCUAAAGACAGGUAAGACACCCAGAGAGGGAACCAGCAAGGGACUAAGUGUUCUCCUCCUCCUUCAUUGAGUCUAGUCCUAAACCACACUCCUAGCCUCUACUCUCACCCCACAGCCAAUCGGAGCCUCCCGUUGACAGCAGACAGUUGUUUUGUCAGAAAGCACACGUGUCCGAGAGCUGGGAGUCUGUUUUUGAACCAGGCGCUUUCUGUUUUGAUCUCUUCCUCUCCUUCUGCCCAUGCUUUGUGCUGCUCCUUUGUGCUGUCCGGUUGAAAAUCUCCUGUCUUUUAAAGAAAUAGUUUGACAAAUUGGGAACUUUGAGAGAGAUCGACACCGCUCCCAUACUCGUAUGAUUAAAAAAAUAAAGCUACCGCCUGGGCUAGUUAGCUUAGCACAGAUACUGGAAAACAGGGUAAAAGAGUUAGCCUGGCCUUGUGAGAAGAAUCCUCCACAGCUCCCCAAUGAACCUGUUACUUAUUGUUUGUUUAAUCCACAUAGAAAACCAAAGUGUAAACCCGACAGGUUGUUGUUUCACGGGGUUAAGUGCCGGACACGGUAACGUCCUGGAUUCUUACCUUGAGCUGGGGCUUUGUUUUUCCAGUUUGGUUUUGUUAAUCAUCCGCCUUUAAAGGUGCCAGUCGGUGUGUUGUGUUACCUUUUGAACAAAGUCGGUCCAGCUGUCUUUGAGCUGAAUAUGCAUUUGUUUCCCGGCUGUCAAACUGUUUCUUAAACACGGUGUUCCUGUGGCACAUGGACUGUGUUUGAAUGACCCCGCCACUGACCUUUCCCUCCGUGUGUCCGUUUAGGUACGAUAACCCUUUGAGCCCUCUAGGGCAGCACAUCUCCACCGAGCUGGGUCUGACAAAGAGACACUUCUUUGAGAUCCCCAGUCCACACUGCAACCUGGACCUGGAGAAGUAUGAAUAUGAAGAUGACUUUGAAUGACCCCCCCCCCCCCCUACAGCGUCCUCUCACACGCCUGCUGAUCCCCGCACGCUCCCAGAAACACAGCUCCACCAGCAGCGCCAGUGAAUGAAUUCCACCGCCCCAGUUCCCAGUAACAGGACAAUAAAAAGGGAGUGAACACAAAAUCCUGUCGGAGCACUGGUGGGGUCGGACACAGUGUCACACAUUACCAGAUGUUUUAUGCUUCUCACCUGCCAUACUUAAGAGAAGUCUCCACAUCUGACUUCAUGAUGUCACGAGCAAACCGUCGCUUCAACCCCACACUGGCAACGCAGGAAAAAGUAGUGUUUGUACACGUAGUGCUUUUUUUUAAUAGAUGUUUUGGGGCGGAGUGUUAUUUUACAUCCACGCGAGCAGCUACAAUUCUUCGCACAGCGCAGCUCCCUGAAUUGUUGGGCAGAAAGGAAGUAGAUUCAGGUUUUUAAACUCCUCCUCCUCCGAAGUCAUUGUUACAUUCCAGUGAUCCUCACGGAGAAAGGUUUCUGUAGACUGUAAAACUCAUUCAUGGUUGUUUGUUGGAAUGAGACGCCGGGGUGUAAAUGCCAAACAAGCCACCGCUCCGCCUGCUGUGCACACACACACACACACACACAAACAAGAGUACACAGCUCACACUGCCACACAUACAAACUGUAUAUUGUACAGGUCUGUACUCAUUAUGAUAGAAUUACUUUAUGCGUGAGAUGGGUUUAUUAAAUUAUUAGAGAUGAAUUUAUAAAUAACUGUAAAUAUUUAUUUGGUGCUUGCUGUGUUGUAAAUGAGUUGGGAAAAAUGUUUUGAGACAAAAUUCAUUUUUUUUCUAUGUUAUUCAGUACUUAUUUUGAAUGUACUUUUGACAGAACAAAAGGAACCGUUUUUAAAAUGUUUGCUUUUCUUUAAUAAUAAAGCCUUGAUUAAUGGAAGAGUAAA